CAGCGUUGCAGAGACUGGAGAGACAAGAUAUGGAUCAUUCCUGUUCUACACAAACCAUUCGUUUGCUUUUGCUUUGUUCUUUUCUUUUUGGUGUUCAUGAUCUUGCUCUUGCUGAUCCUCCCUACCCACUUUGUUCAGACAAUACUAGCAAUAAUUUAUUGAAUAGUUCAUUCCAAAAUAAUCUCAACACUCUGCUUUCGUUGCUGCCAUCAGAAGCUUCUGUCUCCAAAUACAACAAUACCUCUUAUGGGAAUGGCACGGAUAGAGUUUAUGGUCAGUACCUGUGCCUCGACUAUGUUUCAUAUGAAACCUGCCAAGACUGCAUCUCCGUUGCAUCAAAGGCUAUCAUGUAUCUUUGUCCAAACAGAACGCAAGCCGUCGUAUGGGAGGAAGAUUGCCAAUUGCGCUACUCAGAUAAUAAUUUCUUUGGCCGAUUGAAUGUAGCAGACAAUUUUUGCAAAGAUAAUAUUAUUAACAUCUCUGAUCCUGUACACUUCCAAUCUGUCGUAGAGAACAAGCUGCGAAAUCUUACCAAAAGGGCAGCCUUCAAUUCUUCAGCAAAUAUGUAUGCUGCUGGAGGAGAACCAUAUACAGCAGAUGACACCCUGUAUGCUAUGGUGCAGUGCACCCGAGACUUAUCCCCAGAUGACUGUAACGAAUGCCUUGAGGCUGCCAUUAAAGAUGUUUCUUCUGAGUGCUAUGCUUCUCGUGGGGCACGACUUCUUAGUCGCAGCUGCUAUCUUAGGUAUGAGUUAUAUGCCUUUUAUGAUGGCGCCAAAGACUCCUCUGUUUCUACAAAAAAGAAAGGAGGUGGUGGAAAAAAAAUAUGGAUGAUUGCAGUUCUUACAAUUGGAUCAGCGGUUUCAGUGAUACUGCUACUGGCUUCCACCAUGUAUUGUGUUGCAAGGAAGAAAGAUACUGGAAACGGGAAGAAAAAACUAAACAAAAUUGGCGACCCUGAGAACACAGAUAUGCAGAACCAGUAUUUUGAAGGUUUAGAUGAGCUAAGGGCUCAUGACUUUUAUUUUGAUUUGGCAACCAUAAACUCAGCUACUGAUAACUUCUCUGAUUCAAAGCUGCUAGGACAAGGUGGUUUUGGACCUGUCUACAAGGGUGUACUACCUGAUGGAAAGGAAGUAGCUGUCAAGAGGCUUUCAAGCUUCUCUGAGCAGGGCACUCUGGAGUUCACAAAUGAAGUCCUACUGAUUUUGAAACUUCAGCACAAAAAUCUUGUCGGGCUUCUGGGUUUCUGUGUGGAUCAGCAGGAAAAGUUGCUUGUUUAUGAACUUAUGCCCAACAGCAGCCUUGAUGUGGUCCUCUUUGAUUCAAAGAAACGUGCACAACUCAAUUGGAGCAGACGUCUUAACAUUAUUAAUGGAAUUGCAAGGGGAAUUCUUUAUCUACAUGAGGAUUCACGGCUUAGGAUCAUCCAUAGGGACAUAAAAGCUAGUAAUGUGUUACUGGAUUGUGACAUGAACCCAAAAAUCUCAGAUUUUGGAAUGGCAAGAAUCUUUGCAGGGGCAGAUAGCGAAGCUAAUACAGCUAGAAUAGUCGGAACAUAUGGAUAUAUGGCUCCGGAGUAUGCCAUGGCGGGAUUAUAUUCGAUUAAGUCUGACGUUUUCAGCUUUGGGGUACUCUUGCUUGAGAUAAUUACUGGCAGAAGGAAUGCAGGCUUCCAUCAAUCAAAACGUGUCUCAAGUCUAGUAGCAUAUGCAUGGCAUCUAUGGAAUGAAGGGAAUGCCUUGGAAUUGAUGGACCCAUUACUAACGGAUGGAUGCCCAGAUGAAUUCUUAAGACUCAUCCAUAUCGGACUGUUGUGUGUUGAAGAAGAUGCAUUCAACAGGCCUACCAUGUCAUCUGUUGUGGUAAUGUUGAAAGGUGAAGCUGUGACAUUAUGCCAACCUCAACAACCUGCCUUCUCUGUGGGAAGAUUUGCUGAUCAUCAUCAAACGCUGCCUCAAAGUUGCUCUGUCAAUGGUUUAACGAUUUCAAAUAUUGCACCUAGAUGAUUGACCUUUGGAAGUACAGGGAUGGCUUGCCUUGACAGAAAUUCCAUUUUCUCUUUGAAUUUUUAGAUUUCUGACUAUGAUACAUUUGUGGGUUAGUGCCUCCGUGAAUAUCAAUUACCACAAGAAAACAAUUUCCACGUUUCCUCUGGAAUUUCAUGGUUUACUUGUUCCAUUC